AUGAGUAUGACCGCGAAAUCGGCGCCCUCCAUGCGGAGCAAGAAAGCUUGCACAGAGUGUCGCCAGCAGAAGGCCAAAUGCGAUGCCUACCUCACCCCCAACGAGCCGUGCACGCGCUGUCGCAAGGUCGGCGCGCAAUGCGUGAUUUCGGAACCCUUCAAACGGGAACACAAGCGCAAACGGCUUUCGGAGCUCCAACAUGAAACCGAAGAACUGCGGAAAAAGCUUGUGUCUGGUCGUAUUAACACGCUUGCUUCGCCGAUUGCAGUUCUGACUACCGCUGCGGAGAUGAGCAGGACCCCGGAAAGUCUCAGAGUCUCUACGCCGUCUGGAUCCCCUCCACAGCCAACCACACGUCUCGAGAGGAGCCGAAUUGUGCCAGCGAACAUUCGCCCUGUCCCGGUGCUGUCGGCUGAGUUGCCCAUGGUGGAGGGUGAGACGCAGGCGAGGACGCUGAAUGGAAUCACUGUCGAAGCAGAAGAAAUCAACGAUCUUUUUCAAUUGUUUUUUCGCGAUUUUGCACCCUUCCUCUCCAUCCUCGAUCCUACCACGAGCCCUAAUUCUUACUAUGCGCAGUCGUCGCUGCUUUUCUGGACAGUGCUCGUGGUCUCAAGCAGAAGCUACAGCAAGAACCCUACACUUUUCGCCGCUCUCACACAGCCCGUUACCGACUUGAUACUUUUAUCCAUGUCGUCGAACGCGUCGCCCGUCGCCAAAAUCCAGUCGUUAAUCCUGAUGCUGACGUGGCCAUUCCCGAAGGUGGAGGUACUGUUCCCGCUCAGCGGGAUGAUGCUUCACUUCGCGAUGCAGAACGGUCUCCAUAUCCCAGUGGCCAGUCACGAAUUCGCGCGCAACCAUGAAAAGUCCAAGCAUAAAACGAGUGUUGAUACGCAGCGGCGGACAGAGUUAUGGGCGCAGUGUGUAGUAGUUUAUCAGCGGACUUGCUUACAAAAGGGUCAGCCGCCGCGAGCGAUGCUGGAUCUCGUUCCUGAAUCCGGCGCCAAGUUGUGCCAGCAAUUACCGCCGGUGUUGACGGUACAGCUUAAGUGUCUUGAUAUUGCUAGUAAAUGUUCUGUGGCGGUCUUUUCGACUGGAGUGCGCAAUCCGUCACUAGAGCACGAGCGGUCACUAAAUGUUUUAUUACGAACAUUUGAAAAUCAGCUAAAAGAUCUUGAAGACUCCUUUCCAGCUACUACAAACACACUAUACACAACUAUUGCCCGUCUUCAAAUCCAGGUAUUCCACCUCUACAAAGACCUAAGCGCACCACACGACGGCUGUUUCACGAUGCUAGCAAAAACGGCAUGCUCGGUGAUCGACCACGCCAAAAUCAUCUUCGACAGACCGGAGCUCCAUCCUGCGUGUCCCAUGUACAUCAUGAACAUCCUGGUCAUCGCAUGCUCGUGUCUGGUCCGGAUGUUGAAGAGCGUUGUUGCGCGAGACCUCGACGUGGAACAGUCCAAAUCCUGUCUCUUCACGGGCAUUAACCUGCUCAACUGCUUUUCCAUCGACCCGCAGGAUUUCGCCGCCAAAUGCUCAACGGUUGUCAAUCAGCUCUAUCACAGUCGCAAAGCAUUCCGCCGACCGGACGGGACAGAACACUCCACGCUGCGCAUUCGCAGUCGCCUGGUCAUGUCGCCCACCAUUGACUUGGUGUGGUGGUGGCGCGAUGAAUUUGACUCUGAGGGGAAAGAUGAGGAGGAUAGUGCUAAUAGAGGGGACGUCGACCCCUCUCCCGCCGACGCAUUCAACAUUGGCUCGGAGUUUGGCUUCCUCGAUAAUGAGUUCCUCACUGAUUUCGAGUGGGCGAUGAGCAGUGACUAUCUCCUCCCACCAGAACCAUACGCCAAUAUAGAGUGGACGACCACACCGGGUAUCUUACCGCCGAGUUGA